CCACUGCUGCUGAAGAACCAGCCCUACUUCUUCCAGCAGUCCCGAGAGACCCUCUACAUCAUCUGGGGGCCGGUGAAGAAGAUGAACCGGGAGAAGGGGGGCUCGACCUACCAGGCGCUGCUGAAGGUGGUGCAGAUGCACCCCCGCCUGCAGAUCUACACCCUGACCGAGGAGAAGAUGGCAGAUUGAGAUGACGUCUUCCAGAAUGAGACAGGAACGAACAGGCUGAAGUCCGGCUCCUUCCUGAGCACGGGCUGGUUCACUAUGAUCCUGGCCAUGGAGCUGUGCGAGCAGAUCUACGUCUUUGGCAUGGUCAGCGACAGCUACUGCAGGGAGAAGAACCACUCGAGUGUGCCGUACCACUACUUUGAGAAGGGUCGGCUGGACGAGUGCAAGAUGUACCUGGUGCAUGAGCGAGCCCACCGUGCAGGGCACCGCUUCAUCACUGAGAAAGCCAUCUUCUCCCGCUGGGCCAAGAGGAAGAACAUCAUCUUCACCCACCCAUCCUGGGCAGGCGGGUAG